AUGACAAAAUUAACAAAGGCAAUGUGUUGGGAACUGAUAGCUGUUAACAAAGAUAAAGUAAAUAAAGUGGGAGUUGCUGUUUAUCAAAAGCCCAUCUCCAGUGAAUGCUAUGAAGGAAGACCACAAAACGACCCUCCACUCUGCAUUGAAUCCAAUGAUCCAAAUGUUGCAUGGAAAGUACCUCUACAAACAUGCAUGCACAAGGUACCAAUAGCUGCAGAAGUGCGUAGGUCCAAGUGGCCAGAAGAAUGGUCAUCAAGAGUGGAAAAAGCACCUUACUGGUUGCUGACAUCACAUAUCGGGGUUUACGGGAAGCUUGCACUCGAAGAUUUCACUGCAGACUUUGAACACUGGAAACGUGUUGUUAACAAAUCGUAUAUGAAUGGAUUAUGGAUAAAUUGGUCAAAUGUCAGAAAUGUCAUGGAUAUGAGAGCUAUAUACGGAGGAUUUGCAGCUGCUUUAAGAGAAAUGAAGACUUGGGUGAUGAAUGUGGUAUCGGUUGAUUCUCCAGACACGCUUCCAAUAAUUUAUGAACGCAAAUUAUUUGGAAUAUAUCAUGAUUGGUGUGAAUCAUUUAGCACUUACCCAAGAUCUUAUGAUCUUCUCCAUGCGGAUCAUCUUUUCUCCAAAAUAAAAAAGAAAUGGAACAUGAUGGAUUUGAUUGCGGAGGUGGAUAGAAUAUUGAGACCCGAAGGAAAACUUAUAGUUCGUGACACUGUAGAAAUCAUUGAUGAAGUAGAGAAUAUUCUUCGGUCGAUUUAUUGGGAAGUGAGGUUAACUUACUCCAAAGACAAAGACGGAUUACUAUGUGUGCAAAAGAGUAUGUGGAUGCCUGUUGAGGUAGAAAUAAUUACAUAUGCCAUUGCUUGAUUAUUUGUAGUUCAUUGCUAUGUUGGUUUCCCUUGCUUUUUGUACCAUAGUGUUUUAGUUGGUUAGUUUGUUGUUCUGGUCUGUUAUGUCAUGUCUUGUUAUUGGGUAUGGGGUUGAGUUGUUUAACUUGUAGGUAGGACAUGAUGCGCGACAUUUAUUGUUUAUUUUGAGAAUCGAAUGUGUUCAUGAUAGUGAAAGAGGGCUUCAUAUCAAAAAUAAACAUGGAAUUUUUGAGUGUAUUUUGUUGGAAUUUUGGUUUGUAAUUUCCAAAUAUUUUGCUUUUAAUCAUAGUUGAUAUAUCUAUAUAUAUAUAUAUAUAUAUAUAUAUA